AUGGGUUGGCACUUGCAGAGGUAUAUAGCGAAGGCGGGUAGAGCAGUGAACCCGGUGGUAUGGCACCGUGCGUGGAAGCAGAGCGAAGGCAAGCAAUUCAACGACGUUGCGUCGAAGCUGGCCCGUGAUUUCAACAACGAAGUCGCUCAAGUAGCACGGGUAUCGCAAUACAGGUAUUGGUGGUGGGCCAACCCUCUAGGAGCUGGACUUGUAUGUUACGGCAUAUACAAAUUCUGGUAUAUGUCAUACAUGGCACACAAGCAACGAACAGUAGCACAAGUUGUAGCUGGAGCAUAUGGACAAGGUGGACAAUGGCUUAACCCAGUACCAAAGUAA